AAAAGUCGUGGGGGCGUCAAGGAAAAAGCUCGGACCGUCAGAAGGGGAAUGGGUCGGACAACAGCGAUGCUCUUGAUCAUCAGUGUUGUGUACAUUGUUGGAUUUUUUCCUUUCUUGACUGUCAUGUUUUAUAAAUAUUUCGCGCCUGAGAGUUUCGCCGGCCUCGGCGUGGUAGGGCUGACGUUCUACAAUCUUUUCCUGAGAUCUUAUUUUCUCAACAGUGCCGCAAACCCCGUGGUGUACAGUCUCUGCGACAUCAACUUCCGGCGGGAGUGUUUGAGGGUGUUGAAACUUGGUUGA